AUGAGCACAACAGCCAAGGACCUGCCCCGGGGUUGGAAGGAAGUGCAGAGUAAAAGUCGUCCUGAUAAAGUGUACUUUCUUCACGUCAAGAGUGGUGAAAAAACCUGGAAGCUCUCGCAUGUUCACUCGAAGGAGCGCGAGUUCCGACACCGUCACGCUGACAGAAAAAAAACUCGUCCAAGUGACGACUCUUUUGGUCUUGAAAGUGUUCAGGCACUGCAUAUUCUCGUGAAGCACUCAGGAUCUAGGAGACCAUCGUCUUGGCGACAGGAGACCAUCACCCGCAGCAAAGCGGUUGCAGAGACCAAGGCAGGGGGUAUUCGUGACAAGUUACUGGCAUGUGUAGAGGCUAAUAUGGAAAAACCAUCUGAGGCAUUACGUGAGCUUUUUGAAGAAAUUGCCAAAGAAGAGAGUGAUUGUAGCAGUGCAAAACGUGGGGGCGACCUGGGACCGUUCACGCGCGGAAAGAUGACUCCUUCUUUUGAAAAGGCUGCGUUUGGUCUCAAAAUUGGCGAGUUAAGUGACUUGGUGGAGAGCGACAGUGGUAUUCAUAUCAUUCUUCGCAUUGCAUAG